GGUGAAACAGAGAAGUUGGUUGCUUCUGUCACGGUGCAAUGGAGUGGCCAUGGAUCAUCCACCUUGCGGCGACUCCUUCGCCGGCGGAAUACGAUCUUAAUCAUCGCAUUGGUGAUAUCCAUUAUCCUAUCAAUCAUCUCCAACAGCAUCGACAAGGAGCAAGACUUACGCGUACGCCUGGUUCCUUCAAUGGAUGACACCGAAACCCUUUCAAUCCUCUACAUGCCUCCAUCCUCAUCCGCACAUGCACUCACCUACGACGAUCCCCGUCUCCUCUCAAACUUCGCCUUCGCAGUCAAGACAAGUCACGAAGUCAUGGGCGACCGCUUAACACGCCAACUCUCCUCCUUCCUCGAUCGUCUCGAGAAUAGGAUUUAUAUCUCGGAUCACGAAGAUGUGCUUGGGGAUACCCCGGUUCAUGAUUGCUACACGACGAUUUAUGAGGAUGCGAUCAAUCGGACCCGUACGGGUGAGAGGAGGACGGCGACUGUGAGGGAGGAGGAGGAUGGAUGGACAAGAGAUGCGCACAAGAAUCUUCCCGGUUUCCGUAUCCUAUACGAGCAGUUCCCCGACAAAGACUGGUUCAUGAUGAUCGACGACGACACAUACAUAUUCACACAAAACCUCCACGACAUAACGCACUACCUCGACCCCUCCCUCCCCCUCCACAUGGGCUGGCCCCUCGGAAUGGGGCCCUGCGGCAUCAACGACGACAUGCCUGACCGCCGCCAAGGUUUCUACCAAGGCGGAUCCGGAAUCCUGUUGAGUCGUGGUGCUAUGGAGAUACUGUAUGAAGGUAUCGAUGAGUGUAUAUUAAAGAGCUGGGAUUGUUGGGCGGGAGAUAUCAGGGUUAGUUUGUGUAUGUGGGAUGUUGGGUUGAGGGUGUUGGAUGGGUGUCCGCAUCCGUAUGGGUUUUAUGUUCAUGAUUACAGGCAUCUUGAUCCUGAGCAGGGCAUCAUCGGUGAUCCUUGCAUCCGUCCGGUUACUGGCCAUCGUAUGCGCGGAAUGGAUUUCCACUACGCCUACAUGGCAGAGAAGAUUUCCGAGAAUGGAGCCGUUACAUUCGCCGACAUUUUCCACUCACGAUACGUAAACACCACAAUGAACAUUGGUCCGGACUUCGACGUGAUCGACAUUGACACGGUCUGGAACGGCAUCGAGGGACAAGGUUCGAGACUUGUUGAGAGUGUGAAUGAGUGCAACGCGAUAUGUACGGCGGAUCCAAUGUGCCGGUCGUGGACAUUCAAGGAUGAGACUGAGGAAUGUUGGUUUGAAGAGAGUGAAUGGUGGGAUUACAAGAGGCUCCCGAAGAGGGGGUAUGUGAGUGGACUCAAAGGGUCGCGGUACGUGUGUGAUAGGGUGCCAACAGAGUAUAAGCAUUGUUCAGAUUGAGUAGAUUAUUAACCGCUACUGGUACUAGCUUUCGUAUACUUUUGACAGGAUCGCCAAUAUACCCGACUAGUCAAACACAGAUGC